AUGGCCGAGCCCGAAGGCCCUGGUGACACUCCAUGUGAGAAUCACCACGUCGCCAACGUGGUUGAUCCGCCUGUGGUGGACAUGCCAGAUGAUAACAUCCCGAAAUGCAGCACUGAAUGCCCGGGUGCCAAGCAUAGGCAUUACACCGGUCCAUAUAGGCAGGCGUUCAAGAUGAACUGUGGGAAACGCCAUGGAACCAAGUAUAUCAGCGUCGAAGAGAAAGCUUCUUUGGAGGAAUGA